AUGUUACGAUUAGUUUCGGCUAUGAAGAACAUCAAGAAGACAUAUGGUUUAACCAAGAAGGUAAGCUGGCACGGGGAUCCAUGUGCUCCUCAGUUGUAUCAGUGGGAAGGUGUAAAUUGCAGUUACCCGAACUCCGAGCCAUCGCUGGUCAUAUCCUUGAACUUGAGUGCAAGCGGAUUGAUCGGUACCAUAACAUCUGAAAUAUCCAAGUUAACACAGUUGAAAGAGCUUGAUUUAUCGAGUAAUGAGUUAUCAGGAGAGAUUCCAGCUUUCUUUGCCGAUAUGAAGCUGUUGAAACUCAUAAACUUAAGAGGAAAUCUGAAGCUUAAUCUCACAGUUCCAGAGUCUCUUCAGGAAAGGCUAAACAGCAAAUCUUUAACACUAAUUCUGGGCGAUACCCUGGAUCCCACGACUCUCGGAGGAAAAAUUAAAAAGGUUCCAGUGCUUGCUAUCGCAGUGCCAGUGGCUGGGGUGGUUACGUACCCCGAGGUACUGAGGAUGACUAAUAACUUCGAGAGGGUUCUUGGCAAAGGAGGCUUUGGAACAGUGUAUCAUGGAAACCUGGAUGAUGCUCAAGUAGCUGUUAAAAUGCUCUAUCAUUCAUCAGCUCAAGGUUAUAAAGAAUUCAAGGCAGAGGUUGAGCUUCUUUUAAGAGUUCAUCAUAGACAUUUGGUGGGACUUGUGGGGUAG